AUGAGGGCUCAGGAACUUGGACAGAAAACAGCAGAAGAAGCUCGGGUGAUUGGCGCCAAGUAUGGCAAGUCCGCGCGCGCUAUUCUCAUUGAGGCUGGGUCUGUCCAUCAAGCAUUCACGAUCAGAGUCCUGAUUGGAAUGCCCACCAAACGCUGGUUCAUGGAUAAUAACCCCCGCAAGGACAAAGAAUCUAUCAUCGACUGGAAAGAACGUCAACGCAAACAUUAUCAUGCGAUGGGCAAGGAUGACGAAGAGUGGGACAUCAUUCGCAACUAUAACUUGUCUGCUUAUUCUCGCCUUGAAGGAGUCGAGGCCAUCGGCUGUAUAUUUGAUACAACACAAGACGAGGCUGCUCGACAGGCCAUCGGCUUUGUCGCGGGCUCCGACCUCAUAGUCAAGUUGAUCAAUGAGCAAUCAACUGGAUGCUCGCGCAAUAUUAGAUUGGGUCGUGACUGCAACGAAAGCGAAAGGCUACAAUAUAUCCGUGCCGCACCAAACGAGGCUCCCCGCGACCGUUACAGGAGGAUAUGGCCAAUUAUGGUACUCGAGCACACUUCGAAGUUUGGGUAUCAACCCAAAGCAGUCCAGUGGCGGAAGCUUCUUGACUAUGCUUUCCAGUACAAGUUCAUGAUUAAGAACUGGCCUGAAGACGUCCUUCCUAUCGGUCCCGAAUUCAAUCCUCACAACCUAAGUUCUCAGCACCUCAAGCUACUUGUCGUUCCUUUCAUCAAGCGCAAAGCGCAUUCUUAUUAUGAGGCAGAGCUCCGCACUGAAGCUGAGAGCUUGUUAGAGCUAGAGAAAAAGUCGAAGGGCAAGCGCCGAGGUCAGGGGCGCACUGUGGAAGACGUCAUGAGUGAAUUAGAUGUCGAUGUACCCGAGAUCGAGUUCGCAGCUUGGCCAGAUGAAUGUAUCAAGCAGCUCAAUGACGAGGUGCCGGAGAUGUUCGACAUUCCCUUGGUGACCAGUGCCUUGGAUGUUGUGCUACGCAAGCUAGUAGACUCCGCCAAAUUUAAGGCGUCUGUCCCUGAAGAUAUAUUGGCAGCUCAUGAAGCACAUCCGGAUGGUCAGACUCCCUCUACUCACGACACGCUGCCAAGUGAUCAUGAAUCUCCUGUCACUCCGAGCCCCCCGACCUUGCCAUCAAACCAACUCCCAAAUGUGUUUGAUCGUGAAUCUCGCCCUGUUCUGCCUACAAGCAGAGAUGAACCUGUCGGUGGUGGAAGACGACAGGCUAGCCUGCCGUUCAAGGCGAAGAAACCUUUACGGGUUGACCCUACAUUCAUGCGCCGCAUGGAGGAGCGUCCCGCUGACUCUCGUAAUGAUGCAGACUUGGAGCUUGCGCCCUACCCAGGCCCUCGUCGUGAGGACAGAGAUUUCGUUGCCCCAAACCGCCGCCGUGAAUAUUCUCGUUCACCUCCUGUAUACCCUCAGCGAGAUCCAUCUCGCUCAAGGUACUAUCGGCCCACCUACAGGCAACGCGAGACUUUCCUGUCGCUUAGCGAUGAUGGUUCUUAUCCUGGACGUCCUGCUCACUCACGCCGGCAAAAUCAUGCUGAUGAUUUCAAUCAGAGGUUCCAAGUAAGGAGAGCUGGUGACUCUCAUUAUGAAGACGGGCCUUCGCGGUUUCGCUACUAA